AUGGCCGACCAAGUGUCAGAGAUCCUCGAGGCGCCCAAGGAGUUCGUCCACGACGGCAUGCAAUUCAUGAAGAGGUGCCAGAAGCCGGACCAGAAGGAAUUUAUUAAGAUCUCGCAAGCAGUUGGCGUCGGCUUCUUGAUUAUGGGCUUCGUCGGCUAUAUUGUCAAGUUGAUCCAUAUCCCCGUCAACAAUAUCCUCGUCGGCGGCGCAUAG